GUUCAGAGUGUUAGUUCCUGAUUGCAAGUAUGUCAGCAGAGUGCAUGGCGAAGGAGCAGAUCCCGGGGCACAGCAGCGCUGAGCUCCACCCGGACUCCGUGCUUUGCCCGGUGUCGCAGCUCAGGCUCCGGGCACUGAAGCAGAGCCUGAACUGGCCGCUGGGCUUGGAGGACGAGUUCCUACUCAAGUUUCUGAGAGCCCGCGACUUCGACGUCGACCUGGCGCUGAAGUUACUGUCAAACUACCAUAAAUGGAGAGCUGAAUGCCCUGAGAUCAGUGCAGACCUGAGGCCUUUAUCCAUCUUGGGUCUUCUAAAGGCUGGUUACCAUGGGGUUUUGAGGUCUCGUGAUUCCAGUGGAAGCAGAGUUUUGAUAUAUAAAAUUGGACAUUGGGAUCCCAAGCUUUUUUCGGUCUAUGACGUGUUUCGUGUCAGCCUAAUCACAUCGGAACUAAUUGUGAAGGAGGUCAAAACCCAACAAAAUGGUGUGAAGGUUAUCUUCGAUCUUUAUGGAUGGCGAUUUGCUCAUGUUUGGCAGAUCAAUUCAACAGUUGCUAAAAGAAUUGCUGCAGUGAUUGUAGACUCCUUUCCACUGAAGGUCCGAGGCAUUCACAUGAUCAAUGUACCUGUGCUAUUUCAUCCAGUCUUUGCUAUAAUUACAAAGUUCUUGCCAGAAAAAAUCAAGGAUCGUAUUCACAUGCAUGGAAAUAAUUACCAGUCCAGCCUUAGAAAGCACUUUUCAGUUCAGAUUCUUCCACCUGAAUAUGGUGGCCAAGGACCUCCUUAUGAAGAACUCUGCCAGGAAUGGACAAAUUUUGUGCUGCAGUCUGAGAAAGAGCUUCUUCAGCUCUCACUUGUUACUUGAUGCCAUAUGGCAGAGUCUAGAGUCUGAAUAACAGUGUUUUCAUGGUGUUAAAUCAUUGUAACAUGUGCCAAAAAAUGAAUACAUAUUACAGAACCAGUCUAUAUCCAGUAAUGCACUGACAUGUUUUAUAAGUACAUUUCUUUUAAAAGAUAUUAAAUAUUGAAUACAAUUGGUAGUUUAUUUGGUAUUGUAGAUUAUUGUGUAUUAAGUAUUUUACUGUAUAUUUUGGUUUCCAACUGUUUGUUUAAAUUUUAGAAGUUGAACCUUUAGGAUCUGAAGUCUUUUUUAGCUAUGUUUCUACAAAUUUGUUCAUGAAGUUAACAUAACUACCUUAUUUGGAGUAUAAUUCUUUAACAACCAUAUUUUGAGCAAGGAAUUCCUCUCUAAUUUUAACUGCUAUAGUAAGUAUUUGACCAUAAUGGUCUUCUGAAAACAAAAUGGUGAUGUCCUUGGAUUAUGAGAUAUCAAAACCAGUAAACUCUGUUUCUGAAAGAA